CUCGCGUUAUGAUCACGUACUUCCUGCAAUAAAUGGCACAUUUAUGAGCUAAAGAUUUAUGUUGGAACUCUCCCAAGAUAAGAGAUUAUCAUAGAUAACCGUCGAAGACGCGCCAGUCACACGAGGGACGUCUUGGGGCGAGCACCUGUCUCAGUGUGUGUCUAAGGAGUCCCUGUCUACCAGCAUUAACCCGUCAAUUAUGCCUCUCCUGGCUAAGAUGGUGGCAGUGUCUCUUGCUUUGCUCGUGCGGCCGCCCCGCCCUCUAGCUGACCAACCCAGGCUCAAGUACAGAACAACUUUCCUUAACGUCUUCACCAGCUUCAAAAUCUCUGUGUCUGGAGAGCAGAGUCUCUUGCCGUCUGAGAAGGAUCUGUUGUUGAAGCAUCUGCCUAAUAACAACAGUAUUCUGCCUGUCAACUUGUGCUCUCCACAUUUUCAGGCGUGUAUAAUUGAUCAGCAGUCGCGAGGCUUGCACAGCAGCUACACGUCGCCAGGCUUGCACAGCAGUUAUAUAUCGCGAGGCUUGCACAGCAGCUACAGAAUAUUGGGACGUUGGAACUCACGUGUUAAUGGCUCCUGUGUUGUGGUCAUCAUCAGCUACAUGGAGGACACGGAGUGUGGCUGCUCGGAUGGGUCUGCACAUUUCGAUGGCACUCCUCUCUACGAUCAAUUAAUAAAAGACAAAAGUCUUUCAUGGAAUAUAUCAAAACACAUGAAUGUAACACAAGAAAGCUGCCUUACCACAUUUACACCGUCAGAGGGUCUGAGACAGAGCAGUGACUACCACCACACCUUGCAAGUUCCUCUGGACAACAAAGGGAACAACUUCUUCCGUCUGAAUGUAUGCACCAGUGACGAGGUCCGCUGUGAGGGAGGCACAGUCGACCUCUUGGACACCCACUACAGUAAUAUAAAUGUGACGCUUGAUUCAGGCAAGACAACUGUAGGUCUUCUCGUUCCAGAGAACAGCUGCACUUGCUCCGAGCACACCCACAGUUACAAAAACCUCAGCAGUGCACUAAACGAUCUUUAUAUUAACAUCAGUAUUUGUGGAGUCCAUAUAACUAGAGACACUCCAUAUAAUAUCGCCAGUGUGCUUCAAAGUGUAAAAAAUCUAACCAGUGAAAAAUGUAAAGUGACUAACGGAAAUAAAAAUUCGAGCAGAAUGUACCCUCAGGACCCAGAGGUUAUAAAUAAUAUUUUAGAAAUAUUCAGUGAACCUUCUGGAGAACCCAACUACUUUAUUGUUUCACAUAAGGCUUUGAGGCCCUUAUUAGCAACAGUCAUUAUAUUACAUUGCAUUAUUUAUGCUUGUCAUAUCUGAAGAUACUUUGUCAUCGGUUCAAAAUUAUAUGCAUAUUUAAUUCUGAAUCACUGCAUGCAUUCAAGGGCAGAACUUGGACCAGGCCAAGUCAUAAUUAUCUCUAUUUAUUUGACUUAAAACUAAAAAGCAUAGAGAUCUGUUCAUUUGUGUUGGUGAUAACCGAAAGUAUUUAUACGUUAAUCUCAACCUGGGAGCCAAGAGCAGCAGAUGUAUGGCAGGAGUCAGUGACAGUUACUGACACCAGACACUCACAUGGCUUGGGCUUGCUUCUUAAGCUUUUCUUACCAUACCUAGAUGACUGGUUAGCGGAAUGACCACUGUGCCUCUUGACGUCGUUGACCAAGCUGACUGGUACCUUCUAUGUGCUGUUUGCGUCCCCUCUGGUGUUAUCAGGGGUUCCUCCCCUCUGGUGUUACCAGUGGUUCUUCCUCUGGUGUUACUAGGGGUUCCUCCACUCUGAUGUUACUAGGGGUUCCUCCACUCUGAUGUUACCAGGGGUUCCUCCACUCUGAUGUUACCAGGGGUUCCUCCACUCUGGUGUGACCAGGGGUUCCUCCCCUCUGGUGUUACCAGUGGUUCUUCCUCUGGUGUUACUAGGGGUUCCUCCACUCUGAUGUUACUAGGGGUUCCUCCACUCUGGUGUGACCAGGGGUUCCUCCACUCUGGUGUGACCAGGGGUUCCUCCACUCUGAUGUUACCAGGGGGUUCCUCCACUCUGGUGUGACCAGGGGUUCCUCCCCUCUGGUGUGACCAGUGACCAAGCUGGAGAGACUGACGGAGACAACUUAACGA